UAUAAUAGCAGCGAGGGCAGCUCCGGGAGUCUAGGCGGAGCUGCGGCAAGGUCGGCAACAGCAUCCUGUCCGAAGGCGCGGAGACGGCAGAGGUUGACGGGCUUUAGUCCAGAAGUGACUGUGACGCUUGGAUUAACUGUGGGAGAAGAAGAGAGUCUGAAAGUUUCUACUUUGUAGUCUUCUUCUCAGUUAGCUAACGAGCUACACUUCAUCACAGCUGCUGCCUCGAGAGCAGUUUCUUUUUUUUUUCUUAAAUAGGAAGCCAGUUGCGGGCGAUUCCCGGGCUUUCACACUUCCUUCCAUUUAAGUUGUACACGCAGUAGCGUGGCUUAUCCUUGUGUUUAUUUUUUGUUACAGUCACCGGCGUCUUUUGUGCCAUGUCCGCGCCAUCCGCGCCUUCCGCCCCGGCAGAGAGCGCCGCGGCGGAGAGCGAGCUUCUAGCCCCCGCUGCGGGGCAGAGGCCGCUGGGUCAGACUCCCAGUCAGAGUCGCUUCCAGGUGGACCUUGUGGCCGAGGCGGCUGGUACAACGGAGGACAAGUCGCCGAGCUCCGACGCCUCCUCCGCUGCCACAUCCAGCGACAAGGCCACCCCUGGGGGUCAGAGUGCCGAGCCCGCUGCCGGCGAAGAGGAGGCUAAGGGCCGGUUUCGGGUGGUGAAUUUCGCGGACCCGAGCGGAGCGAGUAACGCGGGCUCUCCGGAGGCGGCGCCGGCCGACGGACACCAGAACGGCGACACAGUGAUGAGCGAGACCAGCUUGCAUUCAUCCACGGGCGGUCAGCAUCACUAUCACUACGAUACCCAAACCAACACUUACUACCUGAGGACUUUCGGUCACAACACCAUCGAUGCAGUGCCAAACAUCGAUUUCUACCGACAGACGGCAGCGCCACUGGGGGAGAAACUCAUCAGACCCACCCUGUCAGAGCUGCAUGACGAGCUGGACAAGGAGCCAUUCGAGGAUGGAUUUGCCAAUGGUGACGAGCUGACCCCGGCUGAGGAGGCUGCUGCUAAAGAGGCGGCCGAAUCUAAAGGAGUGGUCAAGUUUGGCUGGAUUAAAGGAGUACUGGUCCGCUGCAUGUUGAACAUUUGGGGUGUGAUGCUCUUCAUUCGAAUGUCAUGGAUCGUGGGUCAGGCUGGAAUUGGGCUCGCGUGUUUGAUCGUCGCCAUGGCCACCGUCGUGACGACCAUCACAGGCCUCUCCACAUCUGCCAUCGCCACCAAUGGAUUUGUACGAGGGGGUGGAGCUUAUUACCUGAUAUCAAGGAGUCUUGGGCCGGAGUUUGGAGGCUCCAUCGGUUUGAUAUUUGCCUUCGCCAAUGCUGUGGCUGUAGCCAUGUAUGUGGUGGGCUUCGCCGAAACGGUUGUGGAACUUCUUGCCGAUGCUGACGCCCUCAUGACGGAUAAUGUCAAUGAUAUCCGAAUCAUCGGCACCAUCACGAUUAUUCUCCUUUUGGGUAUCUCUGUAGCUGGAAUGGAAUGGGAGGCAAAGGCCCAGAUCUUCUUGCUUGUUGUCCUCAUUACAGCCAUCUUCAACUACUUCAUUGGAAGCUUCAUCUCUAUGAAGUCAAAGGAAUCGUAUGGCUUCUAUGGCUAUGAUGCUACGAUCAUGUGGGAGAAUAUGAGUCCGGACUUCCGGGAUGGUGAGACGUUCUUCUCCGUCUUUGCAAUCUUCUUCCCCGCAGCAACUGGUAUUUUGGCUGGAGCCAACAUUUCCGGAGACCUUGCUGACCCACAAUUAGCCAUUCCCAGAGGAACUCUUCUGGCUAUAUUGAUCACAGGGAUCGUCUAUCUGGGUGUAGCUGUGUCAACAGGCUCCUGUCUUGUGAGAGACGCCAGUGGAAACGGGAACGACACGCUCACUUCCCAGUUUCAAGCAAACUGCACCGAAGCCUCCUGCAAAUUCGGCUACGACUUUUCUUCCUGUGUAAACGACAAAGACGGCUGCCGCUACGGACUCCACAAUGACUUCCAGGCGAUGAGCAUGGCCUCGGCUUUCGGGCCGAUCAUCACCGCUGGAAUCUUCUCUGCCACUCUCUCCUCAGCUCUGGCUUCUUUAGUCAGUGCACCUAAAGUCUUCCAGGCUUUGUGUAAGGACAAUAUCUACCCCGGACUCGGCAUCUUUGCCAAAGGCUACGGCAAGAACAACGAGCCCCUGCGAGGCUACAUCCUGACCUUUUGUAUCGCUCUGGCCUUCAUCCUCAUUGCCCAGUUGAAUGCCAUCGCCCCGAUCAUCUCCAACUUCUUCUUGGCCUCCUACGCCCUCAUCAACUUCUCCGUGUUCCACGCCUCACUGGCCAACUCGCCAGGUUGGCGUCCCAGCUUCAAAUACUACAACAUGUGGGUUUCUCUGGCCGGAGCCAUUCUGUGCUGCGUGGUGAUGUUCGUCAUCAACUGGUGGGCGGCUCUCCUCACCAACGUCAUCGUCAUGGGUCUCUACAUCUACGUCAGCUACAAGAAGCCAGAUGUGAACUGGGGCUCGUCGACCCAGGCGCUGACCUACCACCAGGCCCUGACCCACACUCUGUACCUCAGUGGAGUGGAGGACCACAUCAAGAACUUCAGACCCCAGUGUUUGGUGAUGACUGGUUAUCCCAACUCUCGACCUGCUCUUCUGGACUUGGUCCACAGCUUCACCAAGAAUGUGGGCCUAAUGAUCUGCGGUCAUAUUCGCACGGGCUACAGAAGGCCAAACUUCAAAGAUCUUGCCACAGAGCAGUCCAGGUACCAGCGCUGGCUGAUGAAGAAUCAGACCAAAGGCUUCUACACACCAGUGUUUGCUGAGGACAUGAGACAAGGCACACAGUAUCUGCUCCAGGCUGCUGGUCUGGGCCGCCUCAAACCAAACACCCUGGUGCUGGGCUUCAAGAACGACUGGAGAGAUGGUGACAUGAUGAACGUGGAGACCUACAUCAGCAUGAUCCACGAUGCCUUUGACUUCCAGUUUGGUUCCGUCAUUCUGCGACUGCAGGAGGGUUUGGACGUGUCCCACAUCCAAGGACAAGAUGAGCUGCUGUCCUCCCAGGAGAAGUCCUCGGGGAUGAAAGAUGUCAUCGUCUCCAUAGACACCAGCAAAGACUCCGACGCCGAUUCGUCCAAGCAAUCCUCCAAGGCCACGAGCCUCCAGAACAGUCCUGCCAUACAGAAAGAUGACGAUGAUGAUGGCAAAGCUCCAACUCAGCCCCUGUUGAAAAAAGAUAAGAGGAGUCCGACAGUACCGCUGAACGUGUCUGACCAGAGGCUGCUGGAGGCCAGUCAGCAGUUCCAGAAGAAACAAGGGAAGGGAACAGUGGAUGUGUGGUGGCUGUUUGAUGAUGGAGGUCUGACCCUGCUCAUCCCCUACCUGCUGACCAACAAGAAAAGGUGGAAGGACUGCAAGAUCCGAGUCUUCAUCGGAGGCAAGAUCAACAGGAUUGACCACGACCGCCGAGCGAUGGCCACGCUGCUGAGCAAGUUCAGGAUAGACUUCUCGGACAUCACUGUGCUGGGAGACAUAAACACCAAGCCCAAGAAAGAGCACACGGCAGCCUUUGAGGAAAUGAUCGAGCCGUAUCGGCUGAAGGAAGACGACAUGGAGCAGGAGGCGGCCGAGGAGCUGAAGAACAACGAACCCUGGAGGAUCACGGACAACGAGCUGGAGCUGUACCGCACUAAGACUAAUCGUCAGAUCAGACUCAACGAGCUACUGAAGGAGCACUCGAGCACGGCCGCCCUCAUUGUCAUGAGCCUGCCUUUGGCCAGGAAGGGAGCGGUGUCCAGCGCCCUCUACAUGGCCUGGCUGGAGGUGCUGUCCAAGGACCUGCCGCCCAUGCUGCUGGUGCGCGGCAACCACCAGAGCGUCCUCACCUUCUACUCUUAAACACACACACACACACACGGAGAAGAACAUCGUAUCUCCACGUCUGGGAGCAGACACACAAACACAUCCCAGCUCCAGUCCACACCUGAAGGUGAACCACACACACACACACACACACACGUCAGAGAUGGUAAACAAAGAAAAAACA